UUUAUGUAACUGCGCGUGGAGCAGAGCGCGGCACAAUUUUCAAUCUUUGGCUUGCAACAUAAUCAGUUGGGUGUGAAAAAAUAAGCACGUGCAGCCUUUAAAAAAAGAAAACCAAUGUCAAUGCAUUAGUAGCAUUGACUAAAGAUGGGACGUAAGAUUCCUGGAAAGAAGCAUAAAGGAGUUAAAAAUCCAUACAAACAAAGAGCUAAGCGAUUGUCAGAAUUAAAAAUCAAUGAUCCACCGAAUAAUACAGACGAUCAAGAUAUUCCUAAAAGCUUGUUGCGCGUAAUUAAACUUAAGAAUGAUGUAAGAAACAAAAGUAGAGUAGUAAAGAAAAAGAAGAAAAAUAACGCAAAUCUUAUUGCUAUUGGUGGUGAUUAUAAUAAACAACUACCUUACAAUAAAGGAAAGCCAGAUAAAGCUGUGCCAGUUUUUAAUCAAAAACCACAUGAAAAUCUACAUCAGUUUUGGAACAGAGUGAAUACGGAAACCAAAGCGUUUAUAAAGGAAACUGAAUUUGAAUCAAAGUAUAAUGUUGAAGUAAAGCGUAAUUUUACAACCGGUAAAAUAGAAGCUAUUGAGAAGAAGCCGAAAGAGAGAUUUACAGAACUUGAGAAAUUUAAAACCAAACACAAAAAUAUAAGCAAAAAAAAGAAGACUGUCGAUGAUUCAAGUAAAUUAACAAAAUCUCAAAAGAGAAAGCAGAAGCUUUUAAAAAAGAAGCAAGAAAAAUAUGAAGAUUAUGUAAGUGAUUUUAAAUCGUUCAAAGAUAAAAUUGAAUUUGGAGAUAUUGUACAUGCUCCACCCGAAUUGAAGGUACGACCCAGAAAUUCGAAAGAAAUUGAUAAGGUAAAAAAUAAAAAUUUAUUAUUACAUUCAAUUUUACGGGAUGAGAAAUCUUUAGAAAGCAAGAAUACACAAAUAUUAAAUAAAACGGGAAAACGAAAAGAUCUACCGAUUGGAGAGCGACGUCAAAUAGAGAAACAGCAGAGUGACAUUGUCGCUGCGUAUAGAUUAUUGAAAGUAAAGCAAUCUUUGCAAUCAACAAUCUCUUAAUAAGGUUCUAAUGUUAUUAAAUAAUUUUUUUAUUCAACACCUAUGUAGAUCUAGAAUAUAAAUUAUAUUAUU